AUGACCGGCUCCUGCUGUGGCUCCACCUGCUCCAGUUGUGGGGAAGGCUGCUGCCAGCCCUGCUGCUGCCAGCCCUGCUGCUGCCAGCCUUGCUGCUGCCAGCCCUGCUGCUGCCGAGACCCCUGCUGCUGCCGCCCCUGCUGCUGCCAGACCACCGUGUGCCGCCCCGUGACCUGCGUGCCCCGCUGCACGCGCCCCAUCUGUGAGCCCUGCCGCCGCCCCAUCUGCUGUGACCCCUGUGGCCUGCAGGAGGGCUGCUGCCGCCCCAUCGCCUGCUGCCCCACAUCCUGCACGGCCAUUGUGUGCCGCCCCUGCUGCUGGGCCUCCACCUGCUGCCAGCCCAUCUGUGUGCAGGCGCCCUGCUGCCGGCCCCCCUGCUGCCAGCCUGCCCCCUGCCGCACCACCUGCAGGACCUGCCCCUCCUGCUGCUGCUGA